AUGAUGGAAAACCAAUUCAAGUGCUAUUAUACCAAUUGCACCAAAAGCUAUCGAACAAAAUACAACCUAAGACGGCAUAUCAAUGCAAUUCACCUAAAAAUCAGAAAUUUUGUAUGUGCAGAGUGCUCGAAAACCUUUGCUUGCAAGCAAAACCUUAACGAGCAUGAACUUUUGCAUCGUAAAGAUGCAAAGUCAAGUAAGCAUGAGAGAACCAUUAUAAAGAACCCUCAAGCUAAAAGUAUAGAGAAUAAAAGUAUUGUAACUCCGUUCGAAUUACUGUUUAUUAAUCAAGAAGUAUCUAUAAGGAAUCUAAAUUCUAGAUCUAUGGCUGGUCCUAUGCCUGUACUCCCUCCGGUAGAUAAACAUCGUCAGUCAGAUUGGGGACAAACAAGAAUUCCAAUAUUACAUUCAUUACUUAAUAAUAAUCUUUAG